AUGAAUUGUAAAAAGGUAAAGCGAAAAUCAAGGAUUGACAAAGAAACCGACAAUCAUCAGCUCCUGCAGUUGGAAGAGAAAGAUGUGGUGUCAUCGGUAGCUACUGUGCUCUCUGAUUUGUGCAGUCCUGGACAAUGGAUGGCGAUGGAGAAGCUUCAUACGGAGUUGUUAGAACAGUUUAGCAAUAUCUGGCAUCACGGUCCUGUAAGGAGAUAUCUCACAUCUGAGGAGCAUUCUUGUCCUGAAGCAAAGGAAAAACCAUGGUAUGGAUUGCUUAUGUUGUUACGAAAGUACCCGGAACACUUUGUGAUCAAUACUCGGUCCAAGGGCCGGAUAAAGCACGAGUUUGUUUCUCUUGUCUCUCUGCUUUCGUGAGAUCUUGUAACACCAGUCAAUCAUCUAGCAUGCGAUUCAUUUGGGAAGUGAAAAACUCAAGGAUUGUCAACCUUGAAACAGUAGUUGUGAAAUGUGGUAGGACCUGAACCCUGUUUCAGUUGCAUGUAAUUGACUCCGACACGGUUUUGAUUGGUGUUUUAUUUUGGACAAGGAAUUUUUGUAUAUACAAAUUGUUAUAUUAAGAGUAUUUAGCUCAGUCCUG